GUCAGCUGAGGUCACAGUUUAUAGCGACAAACAACGCGCUUCUUGGGCUGGUAUAGGAUUCGUACCUUAACGCCCGAGUCUAGUACGCCUAUAACCCACAGGACUCCCAUAGGAAGUUAUCGAUCACGCUGCUCUCACGACAAUAUUCACGUGACUCUACGUGAUUCUCAUGGCACACGUAUACGUUUUAGUACUUGUUUGCCACCGAUUCCGGACUCUGGCAAAAGUCUGCACGUUCCGCGGACACGCGGUGACAAGACCAUCGACCAAAGCCAAGGACAAGAUGCAGGUCGCCAAUAUUAGAUGGCUCAAUCAGCUUCUAACCGCUAGGCCUGCCCUCGGUCUCUGCACGAGGCGGGACCGGCGACGCCUACACUGGGGGCAGAAGGAAGACCCAUUCACUAUUGUCACGGAAGGAAUGGUCGAUCUCGCGCACAGAAUCAAGGGGAAUUCGCCCUUCUCGGAUUCUAUCUACAAUAGCCUUCUGCUCCAUGGCCGUGGUCACGCCCGUGAAUGCAGCUUCUACACAUUAAGGGAGCGUCCAGAUUCCAAUGUAGUCAUGUGGCGAUAUUUGCAACCGACGAAUACCUUACUCGCCGUCCACUGUCGGGAGGAGGAGGUUCCCCUGCUGAGGGAGUCCCUGAUGCAGUCGCACUUGAUCGACUGGCAGGGAAGGCUGUGCGUUUUCCACGUCCCUGCGUAUCUGGUGGACACCGUGAAGGACGUUGUGAAGGACAAGGGAGGACAGAAACUGACAAUCAAUAAAUGCAACACAUAUACUUGUGAUACUAUUGGGGAUCCUUAUGCUUAUCUGGCGGAGAAUCCCAUCCGAUGCCCAGCUGGAUUCCGUGUGGCUCGGCUGGGACGAGCUGGAGUCAGCAUCAUGAGGAACACAGCGGAGUACGACAUAUGCAGGACUCUCGACGACAUGGUUCACAUCACGAAGUACGCCCCUUCAGUAGGCCUGUAUGAAGACCCGAGCGUGGAAAAGGAAACCAUCGUCGACAUUGAGAACCUCCCCUUCGCUAGGGACGAGGAAGUACCUGUAGCUUGGAUCACAACUUCCUUCUAUGGUGCACUAGGUACAUGGAUGACCAAGGAAGGGUAUCGAAAUCAUAGCCAUGGACAACUAGUAGUCUAUGUGGCUGCGAUGAUGCAGGCUGCCCAAGGUUAUAUCCCUCAUGGUCAUGUGGACUUAGAUAAUAAUCCUUCUAGUAACUCACUUGGCAAAAUAAGCAAUUCCAUUUUGUCUGAAAGCGUGUACUUCAUGUUCCGAAAAUGAAAUAUGAUGACACUUCUAAACUGGUAGGUUUAUAUUUAUUAAGAAUGAAACCUUCGAAGUCUUGCCAAAGGUUUAAGAUACUUCAAAUUCAUUUCAGUAGUUAUAACCAUAUUGAGCAACCAGGGCCAGGACACUCAAAACAACAUACACCGUAACACCGUAUUAGGGCCUCAGGAGGCCCUAAUACGGCAAGGUGUGAGUUCCGAGCCAUACUCAAAACUUUUACGAUGCCUUCGUGUAAAGUUUCGCAUUGCGUUCGAGAUAAAAGUACAAACAAUGUAAAAGUAGCUCUCUUAAAUACAGUUUUAGCUGUAAAAUAAUGCUGAAUUGUAUCCUUUUCUCACCAAAAUAUUGUUUUUUCACUAUUAUCUUAAUGCAACGGGAUAUAAGAGAGCAGGCGAUACCACGUUGUUAACAAUUUCUGUAAUGAAAUAUGUCUCCUCGCGUUAUCAUACCUCUACAUUAUGACGUUCGAAUCAAGUUCUCUAUCGCUAAAACUUCAUAUAUUACAGCAUCCCUCAUGCUCCUCGCUUUGGCUAUUAUCGUUGAUUCGCAGUUCCUCAUUUCUCAUUGGCUGGUGUGUGUAACCUGUCAAUAUAAGCCUUUUGCCGAUUGGUAAAUUUGUAUUCAACCUGCCCUCUGUAGGCAAUCUCACAGAAUUCUGGAUAUGUUGUUUACUUUUUGUUCAUAAGAUGCUUACAAUAUCAUACGUAUGGCAGAAUGUGGAAAUCGAGGUCCUCCACCUGUUUCCUCUGUGUGUAGAGGUUUGAAAUUAUUAAGUUUUGAAUGAUUCCUCUCCAUGAGGAGGGAAUGUCAGAAUAUAUAAGGGUUACUAACUGUAAACGACAUGAGGCAGGGCGAUAUUACGUACACUUUCAUACGGAAGCUCGUAAUUAGUAUAGUUUUUUCUCAGUGGAGGUACAUAGAACAACGGUUAUUACAGAAUGAAACUGUUAAGUGGUUGGUCACUUUGUCAGAAUGACUUUACUAGGUUAUUUGACCAAAGAUAAGCUAGUAAAAUGGUUCACAAACUUCUGUGUGCAUGUAGAGGGUAAAGCACAUGCUGUGAAUCAGUGUCAACAGCCGUGAUUGAAAUUUUACUUAAAGAACUGCCAAUUAUAUGUAUCUAAAUAUUUACAUCUUUACAGCUAUCAGCCUGCGUGCCUCUCUCUUCCUCUCUCCCUGCAUAUCUCUCUCUCUCUCUCUCUCU